ACACUUGCAUAGGACAUCCAGCAGAGGGAGUGAACGGACCGGAGCCAGGAGUCAGUGGAGAUCCUCCACAUCCCGUCUGGAAGCUUCAGCUCUCAGCCGAGAGGACCUGCCAGGCUGCCGGGUCUUCACUGACCAGCAGCAACCUCUCUGCCGCAUUUCUGGGGGUGAAGCCAGGCGCCGCUCAUGUGUAUUUACCCACCCGUGUAUCUGUGGGCAUAAGGACGGGAGGACCGAGCGAUGUCUGCGCCGGGUUUCACAAACCUGAACAGCUCCGUCAGCUACAGCCAGAACUCAACGCCGAACGGCGGAGCUGCGCCCCCCUACCAGAAUGGUCCAGCACAGACAUACCAAUCCAUGCAUCCACCUACAGGCUGCUAUGGAGCUCCACCUCAACAACAGAACUACCCCACCAUCCCUGACCACUCCACUCCUGUUCCCAACAAAGCACCCAUCAUGAACAGUGCCCACAGUGCUAACUACUACCAGAGCAACCAUCAUCAGCAGCAGCAGCAGCAGCAGCAGCACCCCUCUCAGCAUCAUGUAGCAUCCUCAUACAGUGCUCCCUCAAACUCUGCUCCUCCUUCUCAGCCAUAUGCACCUUCAGCUCCACCGCCAUCAAAUGCCCACUACAACCAACAGCCAUUCCAGCAGCAGCAGCAGGAGCAGCAUCCACCGUAUGCUACUCCUGGAUCCUACUAUAGACAGCAGUCAUACCCCGCUCCCCCAGCAGCACAGCACUCGCAGCAGCAGCAGCAACAGCAGCCCAGUUUAGUGCCUGCACCGGCUGGCGGCCCUGGAGCUCCCAUCUACCCAAUUGUUUCAUACCCGUCUGCGCCAGGAAGUAGCCAGUACGGUACCCUGAGUUCUUCCCAGAACUCCUCCACGCAUGGAGUCAUGCCCACCCAGAUGGGUGCUCCCCUACAUCAGUACAGCAGCUCUCGGCCGGCCUCCACAACAGAAGUGCAGCCUGGGUACAGUGUGGCGCCUCCUAGUCAGAUGGUGCCGACAGUCAAUGGUCAAGGAAGCACAGUCCACCAACACUAUGACCAAAGCCAUCAGGCUUCUCUGAGCUAUGACUCCUACGGCGGCGUCGUUCACGGCAGUGGCGGCGCAGACCGACUGCACUCAGGAACCCAAUCAACUUCAGUCCAUUCCUCACCGGGACACCACCAAGGCAUGCAGUAUGGAUAUGUUGCUAAUAGUGGAGCUAGCUCUGCCUCUGCCACCACCUCAGGCCCAGCCGCUGCUCCCUCGUCAUCCAGCUCUGAGGAAGAUGAUGAUGAUGAUGAGGAGGAGGAGGAUGAGGAAGCAGGUGGUGACACUUCCUCCUCCAGUACUGGCAGUGCUUCUCCGGUGCCCAACAGCUAUGAUUCCCUGGAAGGGGGCAGCUAUCCAGAUUCGAUGCCGCCCUCCAGCGAUAUGACCAACCAGGUGGCGCCCUACAGUAGCUAUGGUUACCCCAGCAUGCAGCCAACCUAUGGGCAGGGGCCGGCCGCCCUCACUGACGCGUCCCCCGCUCACAACCCGUACGGCCAGCCUCCCUACCAGCAGUACUCCCAGCCAUUCCCAAACCUGUCCCAGCUGUCAGCAGCCCUGGGGGGGCUGAGCGGGGUGCCGGAGCUGGAGGUGGAGGCCCUCAGCCCGAUCAACCUGAUGCAGGAGAGGUGCCUGCUGCCCCCCCGGCCCCUCGAAGCCCCCGAACCCAACCUCAGCCCCGACCUCAAGAAAGUCAACUGUCAUCCACAGACUUUCAGGAGUACCCUGACCAGCAUCCCCCAGACUCAGGCUCUACUCAACAAGGCCAGGCUCCCUCUGGGCCUCCUCCUCCACCCCUUCAGAGACUUACAGCAGUUACCGGUGAUCACGUCGAACACGAUAGUGCGCUGUCGCUCCUGUCGCACCUACAUCAACCCCUUCGUCACCUUCCUGGAUCAGCGCAGGUGGAAGUGCAACCUGUGUUACCGGGUCAAUGACGUACCAGAUGAGUUUAUGUACAACCCGGUCACCAGGUCGUACGGCGAGCCACACAAGAGACCAGAAGUCCAAAACGCCACCGUGGAGUUCAUUGCCUCCUCAGACUACAUGCUGCGGCCCCCCCAGCCAGCGGCCUACCUGUUUGUCCUCGACGUGUCUCACAAUGCUGUGGAAUCGGGCUACCUUAAGUACUUCUGUGAAUCACUUAUGGACAACAUGGAUAAGUUGCCCGGGGAUACACGCACGAGGGUGGGCUUCGUCACCUUCGACAACACCAUCCACUUCUACAACCUCCAGGAGGGACUGUCCCAGCCGCAGAUGCUUGUGGUGUCGGACAUCGACGACGUCUUCAUACCGUCUCAUGACAGUUUAAUGGUGAACCUGAAGGAAAGCAAAGAGCUGGUGAAGGACCUGCUGACGUCUCUGCCGGGCAUGUUCAGCCAGAGCAGGGAGACCCACAGCGCUCUCGGCCCGGCGUUACAAGCCGCCUUCAAGCUCAUGUCGCCCACCGGGGGCCGCGUCACGGUGUUUCAGACGCAGCUGCCGACGCUGGGUGCCGGUUCGCUGCAGUCGAGGGAAGACCCCAACCAGCGCUCGAGCAGCAAGGGAGUGCAGCACCUCGGCCCGGCCACAGACUUCUAUAAGAAGUUCGCACUGGACUGCUCAGGGCAACAGAUCGGAGUGGAUCUGUUCCUGCUCAGCUCGCAGUACACUGACCUCGCCUCGCUAGGAUGCAUGUCCAAGUAUUCUGCGGGCAGCAUCUUUUACUACCCCUCCUUCCAUUACAUCCAAAACCCGGCUCAACUGGAGAAGUUCCAGAAAGACCUGGAGCGCUACAUCAGCAGGAAGAUCGGCUUUGAGGCGGUCAUGAGAAUACGAUGCACUAAAGGUUUAUCCAUCCACACGUUCCACGGUAACUUCUUUGUGCGCUCCACCGACCUGCUGUCCCUCGCCAAUGUGAACCCUGACUCUGCCUUCGCUGUCCAGAUGUCAAUUGAAGACUCUCUGGCGGACUCGUCUCUGGCCUGCUUCCAGGCUGCUCUGCUCUACACCUCCAGUAAAGGAAAAAGGCGAAUCCGGGUCCACACUCUGUGUCUGCCGGUGGUCAACCAGCUGAGUGACGUGUACGCCGGCGCUGAUGUUCAGGCCAUCACUUGUCUGUUAGCCAACAUGGCCAUCGACCGUGCGAUAACGUCCAGCCUGUCGGACGCUCGUGAUGCUCUGACCAACGCGGUGGUGGAUCUGGUGACCGCCUACAAGAGCAACGUCUCCAACAUGCAGCAGUCCGGCCUCGUCGUCCCCACUUCCAUGUGCCUCUUCCCCAUUUACAUCCUCGCUCUGCUCAAACAGAAAGCCUUGCGGACCGGCACCUGCACGCGGCUGGAUGAGCGGGUCUUCGCCAUGUGUGAGUUCAAGACGCAGCCGCUGCAGCAGCUGAUGCGGAUGGUUCAUCCGGACCUGUACCGGCUGGACAAACUGUCGGACCAGGGGGUGCUCCAUCUGAACGACACGGUGGUUCCCCAACCCCACCUGCUCCACCUGAGUGCUGAGAAUCUGAGCAGAGAUGGAGUCUUCCUCAUGGACUGUGGCAACGUGUUUUAUCUUUGGAUCGGCAAAAACUGCAACGAGAUGUUCAUCCGAGAUGUUCUGGGCUGCCCCAACUACGCUUCGAUACCGCCAAACAUGAACCACAUUCCUGAGCUGGAGACUCCUCUGUCUGAGAGAGUGCGAGCGUUCCUCGACUGGCUGCAGGACAACCGAGCGUUCAGCUCCAUGAUGCUCGUCGUCAAGGACGAUGCUUCGGCUAAAGCUACUUUCUUCCCGUACCUGGUGGAGGAUCGGUCCGAGUCGGGUUCAUCCUACCAUGAAUUCCUGGAGCACAUUCAGCAGCAAAUGUCCAAGUAGGCUCCCGUCAUACAGAGAGAAACUUUGGCCGCUAGAAUCCUCAAACCAGAGCGAGAAAGGAUUUCGGCCUCGUAGAGAGAAAACUAGCGUUAGAAAUGGCGGACACCCAUCGCUCCUUCAGACCAGUUUUAGCGAGGCGGGUUACUUCCCGUUCCUCCAGAGAGUCUUAUUAAACAGAUCCACCCUCCGGGGCCCAUUGGUCAGCCGGGAUCUGACCGUCAGUAGGGGAGGAGGGUGAUAGUUGUAGAAAAGAAGUUAUAAAUAAAUGAAGAAUGGGGAUAUGUUGCACUCCAAAAUGAAUUAUUGAACGCGCUCCUCCAGCGUCUCCUCGCUGCCUCUUAACCACCGUCAAACCCCCGUUUAGCCUCUCGUCAAAACCUUCGCUCCUGAGAAAAGAAGGGGAAAGUCGAGCCAAGAAGAAGCCACUUCAACACGUCUUUAGUUGUUUUUUGUGAGCCUCACACGUAGCUAGUGCUGUCUUUUUUUAAUUACUAUUAUUAUUAUUAUUAUUAUUUUUAUAAUUUAUUCCCCCCCUCACUCCCUCGGCUUUAUUUAAAGACUUUUCUUUUUAAAUACACUGGAGAACAGAAACAAGGAUUCAUUCUGUAGUUUUUCCAGCAUGAAAUACGAAACGCAUGUCACCGUUUUGUUCGCUGCUAGUCUGAGCGCAGACGACAACCGUCUGCGUCACGGGAAUAUAAUUCGACAGUGGUUGGAUGUUGAAAACCCCCCUGUUGGCCCCCUCUUCUCUCCUCCACUGUGUGAACUCCUGAUUUGUCGAGAUCAAACCCCCCCCCCUCCCCUCCCCUCCCCACACUGUCAAAAAUCUCCUAAUUUGUUUUAUUAUUUUCCAGGCGCUAACUGAAGUUGCUAUCCACUUUGUAACUAUUGAAAAAGAAUCUUUUAUGUGCGAUAAUUUAUGAACCAGCUUAUUAAAUAAAAAACAAAAACAGAA